ACGCAACGAAUCUCCGUGCCCCCCGUCGCAGUUUAUUAUCGUGUGUUUGCUAAAGUGGCUAGCCGCCGAGAAAGUGGGUGUAAUGGACAGAUGCGAACGCUAACAUCAGCCGAAUAACACACCUGUCAACACACCUUUCCUUGCAAGCGCAGCCAUGUUUGGCAGGUCACGGAGCUGGGUUGGAGGACAGGGGAGGUCGAAAAAUAUCCAUUCCCUGGACCAUUUAAAGUACAUGUACCACGUCCUGACCAAAAACACCACCGUGACAGACCACAACCGCAACCUCCUGGUGGAGACCAUCCGCUCCAUCACAGAGAUCCUCAUCUGGGGGGACCAGAAUGACAGCUCUGUUUUUGACUUCUUCCUGGAGAAGAACAUGUUUGCCUUCUUCCUGAACAUCCUGCGACAGAAGUCCGGCCGCUAUGUGUGUGUUCAGCUUCUUCAGACCCUCAACAUCCUCUUUGAGAACAUCAGCCACGAGACUUCCCUGUAUUACCUCUUAUCCAACAACCACGUGAACUCCAUCAUCGUCCACAAGUUUGACUUUUCAGACGAGGAGAUCAUGGCCUACUAUAUCUCCUUCCUCAAGACGCUCUCACUCAAACUCAACAAUCACACCGUGCAUUUCUUCUACAAUGAGCACACUAAUGACUUUGCCCUGUACACUGAGGCCAUUAAGUUUUUCAACCACCCCGAAAGCAUGGUCCGCAUUGCAGUGCGCACUAUCACGCUCAACGUCUACAAAGUGGACAACCAGCACAUGCUGCACUACAUCCGAGAUAAGACGGCGGUGCCAUAUUUCAGCAACUUGGUCUGGUUCAUCGGCAGCCAUGUCAUCGAACUGGACAAGUGCGUGCAGACAGAUGAAGAGCACAAAAACCGAGGCAAGUUAAGCGACUUGGUAGCAGAGCACCUUGACCACCUUCACUAUCUGAACGACAUCCUCAUCAUCAACUGUGAAUUCCUCAAUGAUGUUCUGACGGACCACCUCCUAAACCGCCUCUUCUUACCGCUCUAUGUCUACUCUUUGGUUAGCCAUGAAACGCCUGAAGAGCGAAAAAUCAACCCUCAGGUGUCCCUGUACCUGCUGUCUCAAGUGUUUCUCAUCAUCCACUAUCAUCCCCUCGUCAACGCCCUGGCUGAUGUAAUUCUGAACGGAGACCUGUCUGUUUUCAUCCCACAGAUGGACCAUCACAGUACACACAAGAACACAGCCAGCUCCGCAGCGGUGCGCCGCUUCACCAAGCCGCCAGAGUCUUUGGAGCGCUCGCUGGAGCUUUCCCGCCACCGUGGUCGCAAAAGGACCCAGAAGAGGCCAAACUACAAGAACCUGGGCGAGGAGGAGGACGAUGGGGGUGCAGGAGGCGGCAGCAGCCGGGAAGCGGGCGAGGAGGGCUGGGAAGAUGGCGGCAGAGGAGGAGAGAGGGAGAAGGGAAAAGGUACAGAGCUUGUGGGAGCAGGUGGGAGUUCUAAGGCGAGCAGAGCGAGUGGGGAAGCGGCGGAAGAGAUCGAGAUGGUGGUGAUGGACACUUGUAAAGUGACGGAGCUGACCGAGCAGAACAUCACAGACGAAGAGAAGACGGAAGCUGCCAUGCGCACACACACCCAGAGGAGCAGGCCCUUCUUGGACAUGGUGUACAGCGCCCUGGACUGCACUGACGAUGACUACCAUGCCCUGUUUGUCCUCUGCCUGCUGUAUGCCGUCUCACACAGCAAAGGCAUCAACGGUGAUCUCCUGGAGAGGUUGCAGCUGCCAGUCCCCGACCAGGAUAGAAGUUCCUACAGUUUGGUUCUUGCAGAGAGGCUGAUCCGAGUCAUGAGUCUGGCAGCACACCCAGAUGGUAGAGUGCGCCUUGCCACCCUGGAGCUCAGCUGCCUGCUACUGAAACAGUCCGUCUUGUCUGGAAGUCAGUGCAUCAUCAAAGACGUUCACCUGGCCUGCCUGGAGGGAGCGAGAGAAGAAAGUCUGCACCUGCUUCGUCGAUUCUACAAGGGUGAGGAGAUCUUUCUCGACAUGUUUGAAGAUGAAUACAGGAGCAUGACUAGUAAACCGCUGAACGUUGAGUAUUUGAUGAUGGACGCCUCCAUACUGCUGCCACCCACCGGCACGCCUCUGACAGGCAUCGACUUUGUCAAGCGGCUGCCUUGUGGAGAUGUGGAGAAGACACGCAGGGCCAUACGAGUGUUUUUCAUGCUGCGGUCGCUGUCACUGCAGCUCCGAGGAGAACCGGAGACACAGCUGCCUCUGACUAGACCUGAAGACCUGAUCAAGACCGAUGACGUCUUAGAUCUCAAUAAUAGUGACUUAAUAGCGUGUAUGGUGGUCAGCAAAGAUGGCGGCCAGGCUCAAAGGUUCCUCGCUGUGGACAUCUACCAGAUGAGUCUGGUGGAGCCGGAAACCAAACGCCUCGGGUGGGGUGUCGUCAAGUUUGCAGGCCUGUUGCAGGACAUGCAGGUGUCUGGCGUGGAAGACGACAGCAGAGCGUUGAACAUCGUGAUCCACAAGCCCAGCUCCAACCCUCACGCCAAGCCGCUUCCCAUCCUGCAGGCCAACUUCAUCUUCGCCGACCACAUCCGCUGCAUCAUCGCCAAGCAGAGGCUGGCAAAAGGUCGCAUCCAGGCCAGACGCAUGAAAAUGCAGAGGAUCGCAGCACUGUUGGACCUGCCCGUCCAGCCAAGUACCACAGAGGUCCUGGGUUUCGCCCAGACAGCCAACGCCUCGCCCAGCGCGCUCCCUUUCCGCUUUUACGAGCAGUCCAGGCGAGCGCCAAAUGAUCCCACAGCCGGCCGGGCCGUCUUCGCCUCUGUGGACAAAGUCCCAGGCUUCGCUGUAGCGCACUGCGUGUCGCAGCACAGCCCGUCUCCUCUGUCCUCGCCGUCCACGCCCACCAGCGGGAGCGGGAGCACAGGAAGAUGUGACUCUGUCACCGCCAGCUCCAUUUCAGCUCAGAGCCCCACAGAUGACGGCAACUUUUUGGAGCACACCCCUCCCCCGUCAUCGUGCGGAGAAGGAGGAGAGGGGGCCUCCUCCGCCCAGGGCCCGGCCCUGGCUCCCAGCCUCACCCCGGCCUCCCAGCCCACCAUCUCGCUCCUCACGGACGGCGGCGCCGACACCUUGAGCGUGGACUCGCUGACCCUGCUGCCCCCUGCGGACCUGCACCCCUGUGCCGUCCACCAGCCCGCCGCCCUCCCGUUCCUCCAAAGACUAGAUGAGGCGAGCGAUGAGGAAGACAAAGGGAGAGCGAGGAGAGAGGAGGAAACAGAAGAUAUACACUUUUCAGGUGAGCACGUCUUUGUGGGGACCGGCUCACCUGCUACGCAGGAAGAAAAAACUGUCCAUGAGACAGAAGAUGCAGACUCAGCAGAUUCUCCUGAAUUGGACUAACAACAUACACACACAUACACACAUGCACACACAGGUCGGGGGUGACGUGUGUUUACCAGAAGACAUGACAGAAAGCACACAGACUUCAUCGUCAUGCAGGACACUUUUUAGCCGCGUCCAACCAGCAGCCUUUUUUUUUUUUAACUGGCCAGAUGUGAUGUUUUAAAAGAUCUAUUUUUAUGUCUUACGUUCAUUACGCCACUUAUGCUGUCGCUUACUACUGUGCUAAACACGUACACACACACAACCCACACACACACACACUGUCAGCUGCACAAGACUUUUCUGCACUAGUAGCAUGUGUGUGUGUGUGUGUGUGGUGAUGUAGAAUGUAGGCAUGGAUGUAUGAAUGUAUGCAUUACAAAAUACAACUUAAGCUGCACUACAUGAUUGGUCCACACAUGCGCAAAGGCUAUGUCACUUCCUAUCAAACAUGUCAUUUCCUGUCAAACAUGUCACUUCCUGUCAUCUUAUUUUAUCAUCACAAUAUGUUGGUGCUCAAUCAUGCACACUGUCACUGUUACCAUGCUUUUCUUUUUUAGUCAUCUUUAUUUCAAAUCCAAUCCAAACUGGAUUCUUUUAACACUUUUCAUACACGAAAAAGUUGCAACGCAGGGUGUUCUAAAUCAGUUUAAAAAUGGAACUCAACACAAACAACACCAUUGGCACCAACAAGACACAGCAUGGCACUGAGGAUUGAGGAAAACAACUUUUCAGGCGGCCACACUGAUAAAAUACCCUUGAAGUGAAUGUUGUCAGAAAAAAUAAUAUAUAUGUGUAUAUAUUAAUAUUUUUUUAAAAAUUAUAGCAAUAAAUUUAAUUUAAAAAAAGGGGAAAAAAUCGACAACUUAAAAAGAGUAUCAUAUGUCAGGUAAAAAACAGGCAUGACUAGCAAAAAGACUUAGCAAUAAAUUAGACAAAAAGUAUAAUGAAAAAAUAGGCUUGACUAGCAAAAAGAAUUAGUAAUAAAAAUUAGACAAAUAAGUAUAAUGUAAAAUAUACAAAUAAAUAUAUUAAUAAAAACAGAAUAGCCAAAAUAAUAGCAAUACAUUCAAUUAAAAAAUAACAGGGGAAAAUAUUAAGAACCUAUAGAGUGUAAAAUGUCACGUAAAAAAAACAGGCUUAAUUAGCAAAAAUAUUAGUAAGAUAUUAAACAAAAAAUAACAAAAAAAGCAGUAACCUAAAAAGAAUAUAAAACUUCAAGUAAAAAACAGGUUUAAAAAACUGAAAUUACUAGCAAUAAAUUAAACAAAAAGAUUAUAAGUCAAAAUGUAAAAAUAAUAUUUAUAAAAUUAAUCAUUACAACAGAAUAUCUGAAAUAAUAGCAAUAAAUUGAACCAAAAAUAAAAAAUCAGUAACCCAAAAAAGAAUUUAAAACCUCAAGUAAAAAACCGGUUUAAAAAACUAUAUUACUAGCAAUAAAUUUAACAAAAAUAUUAUAAUUAAAAAUGUGUAAAUAAUAAUUUAAUAAUUUAAAAAGAAUAGCAAAAAUAAUAGCAAUAAAUACACUUAAAAAAAAUCAACAACCUAAAAAACAAGAGUAUAAAAUGUUACAUACAAAACAGAAUUACAUGAAUAACAAACAUAAUGGCAAUAAAUAAAACAAAACAAACAUUUUCAAAUGUAUAUUAAAAAAUAAAUAUCAAUAAUAAAAACAUGGAAUAGCAAAAAUAGUAGCAAUAAAUUAAAUGGAAAAAAUGUCAAAUCUAUACAGCAGGGGUCUCAAACUCAAUUUACCUGGGGGCCACUGGAUGCAGAAUCUGGGUGAGGCUGGGCUGCAGGAAAAGAUUUCUUUAAAAAAUCUAACAUGCACUUUUUAAUGAAUUCACCUUCUAUGAAUGGUUUUCCCGCCCUAGCAACAUACUAGCCAAUCCUCACGAUUUUUCCGGGAGACUCCUGAAUUUUAGUGCACCUCCCGUCAAUCUACCGGUGCAACCAUUCUCCCGUAUUUUUUCCAAUUUUCACCCGGCCGACAUUAUUAAGGGCUGACGUGACUGCACUGCCUUUAACGUCCUCUACAACAGUGGUUCUCAACCUUUUUUCAGUGAUGUACCCCCUGUUAACAUUUUUUUAAUUCAAGUACCCCCUAAUCAGAGCAAAGUAUUUUUGGUUGAAAAAAAGAGAUAAUGCAGUAAAAUACAGCACUAUGUCAUCAGUUUCUGAUUUAUUAAAUUGUAUAACAGUGUAAAAUA